CUUGCACGGAACAUUGGCCCAUGGCGCUGCUUCAGCGCCAUGGCGCAAGAACUCUACGCCAAGGAUGUCGGUGGUACACGCCGCCGUCCAGGCGGACGUGGUCAAAGCAGCACCAUCGCAUCCGCAUGCCGCGGCCAAUGGUGGAUAGGUUUGACCUUUCACGCGUGCAGCCGCAGAAGGAGUGGUGGCGAGAAAGGCGAAUCGCCCCUGCCACGUUCUUCGGGUUCCCCGACGUGACGAAGGCCGGCCUACGAGGGGGCAGCAUGUACGUGGAGCAGAUGGACGCGGUGACGCUGGCGGUGCUCACUGACAAGUGUGUACAGGAGGACGUGUGGGAUCCAGAGGUUUGGAUGAAGUUUUGCUGGCGUGCCCAGCAGCUUUCUUCUCGAACUCAGGAGCCCGACCUGUGCUACAUCUUCCGAGCCUUUGCUCGUGCUGAUUGGUUCGAUCAGAACCUGCUAACGACUUACCUCGGGCGCCUCCAUCGCAGGCUGCCAAUGUUUCAGUUGCCUGAUGUGACGGUGCUGCUGGAGGCUUUCGCAAAUCCCCGCUUCAGGCAAGGCGAGUACCUGCAGAGGAGUCUCACCCACAUGGCGUUGCUGUUGCAGCAUCGUGAUGACGCGAGUGUCGAAGACCUGGCCAAAACCAGCAUGGCCCUCCGAGACUUGCUUCCUCAACCGGAGGAACUCGCGGUGGAGGUGAGGGCUGGGCUGCAGCUUCUGGCCGAGGCGCUCCUCCUCCGAGAGUUGUCGGACUUGAGCCCGACCCAGGCCAUCCAUGUGAUGCACUCCAUGGCCUCCUGGGGUUUGGUGAACUCUGAGCACGCGCAGAGCUCCAAUGCGCCAGCAGACCUCUGCUGGACCUUGGCGCGCGAGCUGAAGGGCAAGAUCCGAGAGGCUGGCAGGGCGAGCGCGGAGGAUCUGGCAGCGCUUGCCAUGGCAAUGAACCUGGGUGCCGUGCGGCAUGAGGAAGUGUGGCAGGAGCUUGCAAAGAAUCUGGAGCUGGAAAUGCAUCGACUGUCGGGGUCCGGAGUUGCGACCGCCGUCUAUGCCGCCUCACGCUUCGGUCACCGAAACGUGAAGUUCUAUGAGAAUGCUUUACGGCGACUGGGCGAAGAAGCCCCAAAGAUGUCGCCCCUGGAUUGUGCACGUGCAGCAGGUGGGUUCUUGCGGCCGGGCAUCGUGGCAGAGAAGGCCUUGAAGGGCGCCCUGGGGGACCAAAUCCUGCAUCUGGGCUUCGGCGCCUUUGAUACCGAGGCAUUGUCCUUGAUGCUGGAUGCUCUCAGCCGCGCCCGAGCUGGCGUCUGGGGCGUGGAAGCCAUGGCAGGUUCCGUCUUGGAGGAGAUCCACUCCCGGCUCUCUGACUUUGCAGCGGAGGAGCUGGCGUCCAUUUCCAGGAGCCUGGGCUACUUGCAGCCUGAAGUUUCAGAGGUGCUGAGAGAGAUCCUGGAUCGCACGGCACAGGCGGUGCAAGAGGAGGGGGUCUCACCACGUUGCCUGGCAAUGCUGUGUCAGGGCAUCGCAUUGCAGCCUCCGUCAGCGCUACCGGAUGCAAGCGAACGACUAGAAGCCUUACUCCCGCAGGUGCACGAAGCACUGAAGGCCAAGCCCACCGCCGUCUCAGCGGCGCAGAUCUUUUGGAGCUUGUCGCGCUGCUCUUGCCCGGCGAGAGACGAAGUGCUCCAGGCGGCUGAUGAGUGCCUGGCGGCCAGGGCGGUGGACUUGUCAGCUGACUUGCUCGUCAACUUGGCCGAAUCCAUGGCAGCCGUUGGCAGGACGGGCUGGCAGCCAUCGCGCAAACUCGUUGCGAGAGUGUCCAGCCUUCUGGACAUGAAGCGCUACGAUUUGCGCCCAGGCAAGCUGUGGCGUGCGGCAGUGGCUUUUCAAAGCCUGGAGGUGCCAGAGGAGUAUGUUCCUCAGCUGGAGCCUCGCGAUCGUCCAGAUCCAAAGACCAGGCAGAAAGAUGCGCCUGAGUGAAAGCCGAAGCUGGUGAAAGGUUUUUCAGCUGAGCUUGCACUUUGAGAACAUGUAUACGCACUUUGAAAGAUUCUAGGGCUGCGCCCGACACCAGUGCUGCGUAGCG